AAAAGUGUUGUUGGCACAUACGCCUGGAUGGCUCCUGAAGCAUAUAAGUUUCAACAGUACUCCGAAGCUUCUGAUGUUUGGAGCUACGGUGUUGUGCUGUGGGAGUUGCUUACCCGCAAGGAUCCUCAUCAAGGACAGCUGCCCAUAACAGUAGCUUACAUUGUUGAUCCAGAGAAGCGACCCACCUUUGCUCAUCUUUUAGAUCAGUUUUUGGAAUAUCAAGAAGAAUUGGAGCGCAGUGGCUUCUCGGUAAACAAUUUGUAA